UACGCAUGGUACUCGAAAUUUUUUGAGAUCGGGGGAUUCUGAUUCCCGCUCGUCUCCUUCCUUUUCCUCCUCGAGUACAAUUCCUUCUUCAUCUUCUGUGGCUUCAGAAACGAUCAGACAGCUCAAUCUUUAUUCUCUCUCUGAGAGAGGGGAAUCUCUCGCCUUGUUAUAAAUACCCAUUAUGACCGAAGACUUCUCUCACUGCAUCACAGCCACCUUCGGUUACUGAAGUCCCCCUCGUUUCCCUCCCUCCUGUGAUUAUCUUCACCCUCCCUCUUUAAUGGCCUCCCGUUCAGCUGCCUCUUCCUGGACUCCGAAGCAGAACAAAUCGUUCGAGAGGGCCUUGGCGGUGUAUGACAAGGAAACUCCCGACCGCUGGAAGAACGUGGCUGCAAUGGUAGGAGGCAAGACUGCGGAGGAAGUCAAGCGUCACUAUGAGCUCCUCAUGGAGGACCUUAGGUCCAUUGAGUCGGGCCAUGUGCCCUUCCCUAACUAUAGGUCCUCCAUCAAGGACACCAGGGGAAGGGCUACUGCUGGCUUGACAGAUGAGGACUACAGGCUGCUGAUGCAUUUGAAGUUGCAGCGUCAAUGAGCUGUUGAUAACAGGGAAGAUGGCCUUAGCUUUUGUUCAGUACCAUAUGGGUAUCUGUAUAUGGCCUUCUUCCUCGCUGCCUAGUGUGCUUUAGUUUAUGUGGUGUGGAUUGUGCUUGAAUAUAUCAUAGAAGGGGAGUUUCUUCUUCCAUGUUCUAUGAGUACUUAUAUAACAUGAAGGCACAUGAAACUUCAAAGUAUAUUAUAAAGAUAAUACUAUAAAAGAAAUCUGCUCAUGGAUGCCUAGGAAGCUUUUCGGCAUUCAUUAUUA